AUGUCAACUCCUGAAACCUCUGGAAAGAAAUACAGGGGAAGACAAAAGAUCGAGAUGAAAAAAAUUGACAAUAUGAGCAACCUUCAAGUUACCUUCUCGAAGCGCCGUAACGGGCUCUUCAAGAAAGCUAACGAGUUAUGCACCCUUUGUGGUGUAGAGCUCGCUCUCAUAGUCUUUUCACCUGGUGAGAAAGCCUUCUCUUUCGGGCACCCUAGCGUGGAUGUCAUCACCCAACGCUACCUCUCUCAAGCCCCACAUCAAACUUCCAUCACCAUGAGGUACAUUGAGGCUCAGCGAAGCGCCAAUGUGCGUGACCUCAAUGUGCAUCUCACCCGAAUCAACAACCAGCUGGACGCCGAUAGGAAGAACAGUGAGGAGCUUAACCGCAUGCGCAAGGAGGCUCAAGCCCAAUUCUGGUGGGCUUGUAAGGCGGAGGAGAUGAAUAGGCCUCAACUUGAGAUAUUCAGGGAGGCACUAGUCGAGCUUAAGAAGCAAGUCCUUCUCUGCGGUGUUACUACUGCUGCUACCAACCCACCAAUUCAUCAAUUUGUUGAUGGUUUUGGUGGUAUCAACAAUGACAUGAUCCAUUUCAACAACCCACCGCCUCCACCCCCUCAAGCGUUCCCACAACAAAUUUUUCAAGGCCCCAUGACGCAGGCUCAUCACUCGUUUGGAUUUGAUAACAUGGGAGGGUAUGGAGGACCCCUGAAUUUUUCUGAGAUCUUUCCUUGA